AGGGAGCAGCUCAGAGUGGUCACCUCACACAUGCGAUCACAUUAGCAGGUUUCACUAUAUAUAAACAUCCAGGGAAGUAAUACAAAACAGAAAAACAAGUCUUACGUUUAAGCAGAAAUAGCGAUAAAAAAUAUAACAAUUUGACCUACAGACUGAAAGAUAAGCUUAUCUUGAAAAGUCUUACACAAUAUUAUUUCGUUUUUUUCCCUUCGAGUCACCAGUAAUAACAGGAAUAACAUUCAAGCUAAUUUUGGAUUAAUUUCAUUAUUUAAACCACUUUUAAACGUGCAAAUCUGAUGUCAACACAAAGAGUUCAAACCUGUAAUGUUUAACAAAGGAUCCAGACUGAGAUAAUAAGAUAAGGUAUAUCAUAUCAGAAAUACGUUUAAUUAGGAUGAAUAUAGUUACAACAAUACUUUAUUCUCUUAUCGUUUGUGUCAUUUUAUUGUGGAUAAGAUGGAGGAAACGAAAAAUGAGUCUCUUUCAACGGUAUUUAAUACCAGGACCAAAACCGAAUUUCUUCAUCGGAAAUUUUACCGAAUUUAAUCGAAACAGAGACAGGUGUAUGCAAGAAUGGUUACAACAAUAUGGAAAAAUAUUCGGCUUUUAUCUAGGUGCAAAACCUUACUUAGUAUGCGCUGAUAUUGAGUUCUUAAAACUGUGUCAAAUAAAGGAUAAUUACUACUUUUACAACAAAGAUUGGGUGCUAGCUGAUGGAGGAAUUCCUCAUCAUUCGUACAGAAAUGUACUUGGCGUUUUAACCGAUCAAAAGUGGAAAAACAUAAGAAGUAUUCUAAAUACUUGUUUCAGUACAGCGAAGCUUAAAACGAUGAGUACUCUAAUGCCUCGUCCGAUAAAAAUCUUUCUAAAUAACAUCAAAAAUCACGGUGAUCAACCAUUUAACAUUGGCAAAAUGUGUAAAAACUUAGUGUUCGAAAUACAUUGUUUAUCAUCAUUUGGUGUAAACACAAAUGUCCAAAACAACGAAAGUAAUACGUUUAUAGAGUCGGCUCAUGUCACACUUUCAUCUGAUCAUACAGAUAUUUUAGCUGGAAUAUCAGUUUGCUUUCCGGAAGUAGAGCCAAUUUGUAGAUUCCUUCGACAUAAAAUCGACAGUUUAAAGUAUAUGAUGAAUCUGCCAUCUUUAACGAUGAUUUAUGAAACGUGUAAGAAAAUUAUCACCUGUAGAAAGAAAUUAGAGGAACGUCCACGAGAUUUGCUACAGACACUAAUUGAUGCCGAAGAUGAUUCCCUUUCAGAAAUGAAGAGACUUUCCGACGAGUUUGUGAUUUCAAAUACUCUGUUAUUUAUGGCAGCCGGAUACGACACGACGAGUGUUCUUAUACAAUGGUGUAUUUAUCAUCUUGCUCGUAAUCCUGAAAUACAAGAAAAAGUCCGUGAAGAAAUUAAAAAUAACGUCUCUGAUGAUGUGGAUAUUCAAUAUUCAGAUUUAAGCAAUUUUCAACUGUUAGAUCAAGUUAUCUCAGAAACACAUCGCCUUCAUCCAUUAACUGCAUUUACUGUAAAUAGAGUCUGUUCAGUAGAUUAUCGUUAUAAGAACAUAAUCAUUCCUAAAGGUAGUAUUAUAAUUGUUCCACUACAUGAGCUACAAAAUGAUCCAGCUUAUUGGAGUGAACCUGACAAGUUUAAUCCUUACAGAUUUUCUUCUGGGGAACAGCAAAAGAUCGAUUCCAUAAUUUACCAACCGUUCGGAGUAGGACACAGAAUAUGUAUAGGACAGAGGUUAGCAAAAACUAUAACAAGACUUGUUCUGGCAAAUCUUCUUCGAUCAUUCAAAUUAGAAAAUUACGGAGAUGAUGACGUGGAAAAGGUCUAUUCGUUGUUUGUAAUAUAUCCGAAGAAUGGAGUUACAGUGAAAGCAACCCCAUUAACUACUUGAUGAUUGCUAUUGUUUACGAAUUUACUCGAAUAAUGAAUAAUAAUAAAUUUUGCAAAAUCUC